GGCAGAAUCCAGGAGGCAAUAUGAAGAAAAAAGUAAAGAAUUUGAGAGGGAGAAGCAUGCUCAUAGCAUAUUGCAGUUUCAGUUCAUGGAAAUCAAAGAGGUUUUGAAGCAAAGGGAAGAAAUGCUUGCAGAAAUCCAACAGCUGCAACAGAAACAGCAGAGCUAUGUCAGGGAAAUUUCCGACCUUCAGGAGACAAUAGAGUGGAAAGACAAAAAAAUAGGGGCACUAGAGAGGCAGAAAGAUUUCUUUGAUUCCAUAAGGAGUGAGCGGGAUGACCUUAGAGAUGAAGUGCUUGUGCUGAAGGAGCAACUGAAGAAACAUGGAAUAAUCCCUGACUCUGAUGUAGCCACCAAUGGGGAGACAUCAGACAUUCUUGAUAACGAAGGACACUUGGAUUCUUCCAGAACCGUUCCAGGCACAACUCAGGCAUUAAAGACAGGAGGGGAGGGGAUGCUAGGCAAAGCCAAUGAAGUGGAGAUGAAAAAUGAGAUUUUGGAGGAUGUGGGGAAAAGAGAAAUCAUGCAGAAUACUGAGCAUGAGGAACACAAAGAGGAGUCUGAGGAGCAGGAAGUACAGACAUUGCAUGCUGAAAAUGCAAAGGCAGAAAAAAUGGUUGAAGAACGUGACGCCCUGUCAACAGUGAUGCUCCCAGAUAGUAGGUUUGCAGAGCAAGCUCAAAGCCUUACAGAACCUGUGUCAGAGAGCACUUCUUCCAACAAUGGUAGUGACACAGAUGAUCUGAGAAAGGUGACAGAGCCCACAGGCACACUGGCCCAGCAGCCUGAUAGUACAGAGGCUGAACACUGUGACUCGAGUGCAGGGACAGACGAGAACUCGGAGGUGGGCUCUCUGCAAGGCCAUCAGAUUUCUGAGACUUCUCAGGAAAUGCUUUGUGACUUAGGUACAGAGCAGGAACUGGGAGAAGCUGCACCCAAGCAGGAAGAACAAGAGGAUCUUAAAACUAGCCAUGACCUAAGUGAUAAUGAAAUGGGUCAAGAAGCCAACAGUACAAGUGAGAGCAGUGAGCUGGUUUCUAACCAGGCAGGGCUACCAGAGGGUGCAGUGGGAGGCUUGCUUAGGGAAGAGGGAAAUGUGGAGAGUUCCACUCCAGAGGAACUCCAGCACUCAGAAGAAAGUGCUGAAAACAAGGUUACAAAUGUCUUGGAGGAAAAGCUUGUUGAAAGCAAAGACUGCACCGAUGGAAGAACUGAGGAAACAGGAGGGGAUAGAGCUGGAGAAGGAAAUGAGGUUGGGAACGCAGUUGAGGGUCAGCCAAGGGAAACUGAGUCUGUGGGUGUGGAGGGGAUGGAGUCCUGUGAAAGGAGUGUCCCAGCAGAAUCACUUGAAAAGGAAUGUGGAGGACAUCAGGCAUUCACCCAGCCAGUUUCAUCAGAGGACAGUCCUUCAGCAUCAUCAGAGGAACAAAGUACACAAGAUAAAACUGAACUUGAAAAUGCUGCAGCUGAGAAGGACAGACAGGAGGAAGAAUCUGUGGAAGAGCUGAAGAAGUGUUCAGGUUCUGCAGAAACAGGGGAGCAAGAUAAGGCAUCUGUGGAGGCAGAGGGCUGUAUUCCUGAGGUAGAAGGAAGUGUGCUGCAGCAGGCACAGCCAGGCACCGAUGUUGUGAAAGAGGUGACGGCUCAGGAAACCAGUUUAGACCCAAGUCUUUCAGAUGAUAAAAUUAAGGAGUCAGAAUUGGAAACAGGGGAUGAAUCUGAGAAAGGAAAGGAAAGUAGGACAGAAUGGGUAGAAGAUUUAAAGCCAGAGGUAGAAGUUCAAACAGUUCAGUGUAGUGAAGAAACAGCAGGUAGUACAGAAGCAGAGAAAAAUAUUCCUUUAGAAGGUGAAGUGCAGAAGGUGGUCAAACAAGAGAAAGAUGAAUCUAAAGAGGAGUCAAGUGUAGGUGUUAGUGUAACUACUGAAAACAAAGCUGAUAAAGAAACACUGAAAGAAAAUGAGCAAGAAUUAGAGCUUACAGACCACCAUGGUGAGGAACUUGCUUCUGAGGAAUGUGCAAAUAAUUCCCUGGCACAGAAAGCUGAGCAGGAUGAAGAAGUUAGUGAACAAGUUAAAUUGGAGGAUCAAGCAGAGGAAAGCCUGGAAGAUGACGGCGAUGCAUUUGAUUUUGAUGAAGAGUCAAAUCAAAUACUAGAAUCUGAUGAAAAAUGUGAUGGAGAGAAAACUCAAGCAGAGAAAGAAGAGGGUGAUGGAGCAAAUGAUGCUGUUGGAAAAACUGCCCACACAGACAAAGCUGGAGAGGGAACAGACCAAAUGGGAACCAAAGAUGCCUUGACCAAAGACAACAGCUUGCAGCAUAAGCAAGAUGAGCCUGAAGAAACAGGGUGCUUGCAAGGGGAAGCAUUGUUGAAUGCUGAUGAGAAGGCUGAUGUGAUGGAAGAUGAAAUCAAAGCAUCAGAUUCUAAUUCAGUGGAAAAAAUACAGGAUGAAAGUGUUUUGGAACAGGAUUUGGAAAGUGCUGUCAUUAACAGGGCUGAAAGCAAGGAGGAUUUGCAGGGUAGUAGAAAAGGUAGAGGUAGAUCCAGAGAUGACUGUACAAUAUCCUAAGUUCAGGAUCUCAAGCCUGAACAAGUUACAUGCCAUGUGACCAGUCCCAGGACAGAAACAUGCACUUUGCACAAGACACCAGACCCUAGGAAUACUCUUACAGCUUUUUCCUUAUAGGUAACUCAUCAUAAUGCAAUGUAUGUACGUGGUAGUGAUGCAAGUAUUAAGUUAUUCGCUGACAUACCUGGCCACAAGAAGUCAUGAGUGGGCUUUGUUUUGCUGUGUCUCAGGUUAAAAGUUUAUCACCAGAUGAGCUUCACAAAUUGACCAUGCAGACUAUCAUACCUCUAGUGUGGAUAACUGCUACUGAGGAAUUUCUGUAGGCAUUUUUUUAUUCUAGGCUAGAUGACAGAUGUCCUGAAUGUACAUAUGUGCAUGGGACCUUUGUGAACUUAUGCACAUGCUUACUUCUGCUUAGAUCUGCAGUAAGUACAUUAACACUUCAUGAAGGAACUCAUCAGAUCAGCCACACUGAUGUUGAAACUUCUUUCAGAGUGAUUAAAAUCUAUGAACUAAUCUUAUUUUUUAAUAUGGAAAAAAAAGAUAUUUUCAUUCCACUUUGUGUAUUUCUAAUAUGGUCACACUCCAAAAUACAGUAGGAUCACUGUGAAUCUGCUUAGUCUAAGCACUUUGGAAGAACAAUAUACAGUUUGAAGAAAGUGCAACAUACAGGUCUUAGUUUGCUGAAAGGAAAAAAUAUAUACAUGUUUACUUCAUCUAGGCACUUUGCACCACAAUAGGCCUUUCACACCAUGUCUCACAUGGGUUUUUUUAUUUUUUCCAGAGAAAGUGUCAAUACACACUGUAAUGUGUGCUUAGGUCUGCUCUUAAGUACUGUCUAGAUAUGAAUGUAUAAAAUAUCUAUUUUUCCAAGAAGAUUUUUGUCUAAAAUUGCAUUUGCUUACUGCAUUAUAUUUUUUGCUAACUAUGAUUCUGAAAGAAUGUUUUUAUCUCUGAAACAAUCUUACCUCCUCUGUUCUGGAAAGAAGAUAAGUUUGCAUGUCUUAACUCUUAUUGGGUAUCAGACCAAAGAUGACUGUUGUUCUGUGUACUAGCCCCCAUGCUUUUUUGAUAAAGCUGGAUUGCUUUGAAUUCCUGGCAUAAAAUUAGACACUUGGACUCCAUUGCUGUAUUUUUUUCUUGCAUCUUUGCUAGUGCUUGGGAGGAAGAGCAUGUUUUGCAUACAUAAAUAUUCAUUUAAAGUUGUUUUAAGCAAUGAGCGUCACAAGAAAAUGCAAAUUGAGGGGGGUGGGGGCUAUGGAAGGCUGAGUUUGUAUUGAUGUUACAAAGCUGAUAGAGUACAGACAGAAUGCAAAAUUUCAAGAUGUAUAUCAAAAUGUGCUGCUGUAUAUAAUUUAAAUAAACGUAUUUUAUACUCUAAA